GCUUGUGAAGAACUUUAAUCGUAAUAUAUACGUACGUCAAGAUGGUGGAACCAAUUUUUGACUAUCAAUUUCGCCUGAUACUUAUCGGUGACAGUACAGUCGGAAAAAGUUCGUUGCUGAAAUAUUUUACUGAUGGGAAGUUCGCAGAGCUUUCAGAUCCAACAGUAGGAGUAGAUUUUUUUGCUAGAUUAAUUGAAGUAAAGGAUGGAACAAGAAUAAAAUUACAGUUAUGGGAUACAGCUGGCCAAGAAAGAUUUAGGUCAAUUACAAAAUCAUACUAUAGAAACUCUGUUGGUGCCCUGCUUGUGUAUGAUGUCUGUAAUAGAGCAAGUUUUGAACAUAUUCCUCAGUGGAUGAUGGAAGCUCGUAGACAUAUUGAGCCACAUCGCCCUGUAUUUGCAUUGGUAGGUUGUAAAUUAGAUUUAGUUACCAAUGGAAGUAGGCGAGAAGUUUCAAAAGAAGAAGCAAGAGCUUUUGCUGAUCAACAUGGAGUACAUCACAUUGAAACCAGCGCAAAGACUGGAGUUAAUGUUGAAGAAGCAUUUCGAACAGUUACACAGGAAGUUUAUAAUAGAAUACAGACUGGUGAAUAUAAGGUAGAAGAUGGUUGGGAUGGAAUAAAAACUGGAUUUGCUAGGCCUGGUGGUUUAGAUUUUAAUCUAGUCGAAGCAGAACCUGCAAAAUCCUCUUGUUGUUAAGUUAAAAUUUAAUUUGUUAUAAAAGCAAACAAUGUUCAGAAUGCAGUGGCACUAUAAAAAUUCAUGUUUCUUAAGUUUUUCUAAAUCUUGAGACAUGUAUAUUAAGAGAGAGAAAGACCGAAAGAAUACAUUCAAAUUUCCAUAUCAAUUUUAUUUGACAAACAUGAAAGAAAAUUCUAUUCUUUAAUAAUUACAUUCCACUGCAUUCUCGUUUUAGAAGAAAGAUUUACAACAAAUUUAAAAUGUGUAUAAAUCUUGAUUAGACAUUUUUGUACAUAGCUUGUAUAAACGAAUGAUUAUAUGUCAUUGAAGUACACAGACAUUGAACUAGAACUGUUUCUUAUCUUAUUUAAGGAACAAAAUAUCUCAAUGUAAAGAAAGUUCAUGUUCAUAGUAUAAAUGUAGCUAUAGCAUUUUUAUGAAUUUUGUCAUAAAUUAAUGAUUUUGUUAACGAUGAAAGAAAAUAACGAAUGUGCUUCUUUGUCAAAAUCAUCUUUUAAAUAUUGUAAUAAUAGAGUAUUAUAGUGAAUAUUAUAUAAAUUAAAGAAAAGUUUUCGAAAUAAAAAUGCAAAUGUUUGUAGAUCACGCGUUUUACAUACAGAAGUUAUUUUUUGUUUUUAAUGACACAGUUUGUGAUAAUGUCACAUAUAUAUGAAGAGCCAAAAUACAUACAUAUAUAUAUAUUCGUACUGUUCAUAUUUAAUUAAAGCCAAACAAGUUAAUAUAUCAGUACUUAUAUCUUAAUUUAUGAAACAAUAUAUAAGAAGCGAUCUGUAUGUGCUCUAAUUUUAAAACAUCAUAAACUUAUUCUGUAAAUAUUAUAUUAUAUAAUUAUGUCAAAAUAUUACAAGAUCUUGUUAUAGAAUAAUAGAUAGUGCAUCACAAUUUGUAUAAGUUGCUACGAAUUAAUAAACAUCUGCUUUAUCAUA